GCCAAAGGAAACCCUAUACACACACUCGCCUCGUUGCUCUCUAUUGUUUCUUUUGUAUUCAAAUAUACAUACGAAUGAAAUGAUAAACGAAAAAACAAAAUAGAACCAGAUAAAACAUACGGUCUAACGAUUCGUUAUCACUACGAAUCGAGUAGUGCACAGAAAUUUGGAGCUAUUACAUUUUCGUCAUGUGUCGUUUCGGUCAUAGCAGAGUACAGUUCUUUUGUGUUUGAAAGUGUAUCGAGCUGUCAUUUUCAGCUUUAUUUUAUUUUAAUUUUUCUUUUUUUUCAAUUGAUUUCGUUAACAUUUUGCAGUUGAUGAAAAAUUCAUUUUUUCUUGCUGACUUACGUCAAUGUGAUUUCAUUGUCACAUAUUUCGCAUAAGAGGAAAACGAAAUAGAACGAGUUGAAAACGUUUUAUCUGAAAAGAAACGAAAGAAAGAAAGAAAGAAAGAAAAAAAAAAUCCGUGCUGAUCCAUACACAUAUUGGCGAUCAUAUUCAUUUAUAUACAUGCAUAUGACGAGAGUGACAAGAACUGAAAUGAUUUGUUCAAGUGUGGUAUGUGUAAUUGGGCUGCUGUGUGUAAUAUAUUCGGAUUCUCAUUGUGAGUAGAGCUUGAUAGAAAAUUGACGAUUCGAUUAAUGCACAAUUUAUUUAUAUUCAUUAUAUUUGGGUGCCUUUGUCAAAGCAUGACUGUGUAUGAAAUACGACCGACUAUGGUGUAUACAUCCACUUGAAACAUCACCACGAUGUGCUUGCAGUUAGCACCUUCAAUGCAUAUUGUUUGAUCGCAUUUGCGCUGGAAUCAUUGUCGUAUUAAUCGAAGACACACAAUAAAACUGAAAUGAAACGAAACAAAAAAUGAAAAUAAAAAUAAAACUAAAUGAAAAAAGAAUAAAACGUAAACGGAAUGAGAAACGUAUUAAGGACCGAAUACAACAAUAGAAAAAUUGAACAUUUGUAUUGGUGUAUAUGUCACAAAACGCGCGACAACGACGACGACAGCGACUUGCACACAUCGCUAUCGCCACCGCCACCGCCACCAUCAUAUACCAUUGGGAAAUAAUACGAAAACAGAAACCGACAUACAUAUCCGCACAGCACUGUGCUGGAGUAAAGAGAGACAAACGUUCGCCACGCAUUACAAUACACAUUACACAUCAAUGUUCAACUACACAUAAUCAAUCGCUAAAGUAACGGCCACAGUAGCGACAAAUAAACGGAACGAACAACAGAGCCCCACACACAAAAUGAAGUGAAUUACGAGCGGAACGAACGAAAAAAAAUAGAAAGAAACAAAUUCGUACGAUAUGAUUUUUAGUUUCGCAGUGAAAAAAAAUCAAUCUAUAUACGAAAUAAAAAGAAAAACAAAACAAAAUAAUGAAAAUAUCGAAAAACGAGAACCAAAUACGGGCGAAAAGUGAAAAGAGAAACAAAUAUAUUGAAAAGUAAAAAUUGUUGUCGGAAAAAUUAUCAUUAUCAAGCGUAUGGAAUAACGUGUACAAAGAAAGAAGAAGAAGAAAAAAAAAAUAUAUAUAACGUGAAUUUAGUCGUACUUAAGUAUUUAGGUCUACGUGGUUUGCAACUUUUCGCCCCAAUUAAAAAGUUUUUAAUACUUUUUUUUCAUCCACUGUACCAAAUAAACAACCAUUGAUUCUAUCAGCAGAGAAAAAAUCCAACAAAGUGCACUUGAGAAUAGAGCCAAAUCCAAAAGGGAAUUGAUUUUACGAAGAGAGAACCGAACGAAUUGGCGCUCCAAAGAAAGCGAAGCUGAAUGAAAAUCACACAAGCGUGAUUAUCAAAACAUAUCUCGAUCCGCAUGUGUUUUAGACGAUUUUAAAUGAAGAAAUUAAUGGAGUACCAAGUGUCAAUUUUUCACGUCUUACGUUAACAAAAACAAAACACAUAAAAUAACCAAUAAUGCAGCAUGGAUCAACAGAAUUACUGGAAACACAACAUCGGAUCGCUGAACUACCAACCGAUGUUUGGCAAUUCAGGAUCCGAAUAUCAAGCGUCAGGCUAUACGGAGCAUCCGUCUUUACAUCACCCGACCGGUUUCAAUUUUAAUGGCAGCCGCACAUCGACUGGCACAAACAAUGCUUGUAGUGAUCCAUCCAAUACAUCGUCGGCCGCCAAUUUGUCGCGAACCGCUACCAACAAUAAUAAUCUGUCUGCAAAUUCGUCAACAACAAAUGAGUACAAUGCAGUGCCUUACAGUAGACUUUAUCCAUUCCUAUCGGACAAUUCAGUACAAAAUAUAUCAUCAGCUUCGACAAAUACAUCCGAUUGCAAUAACAUCACAUACGGUAGUGCGUUUAAUAGUAGAACAUAUGAAAAUACGACAAAUUCGGCGCAUGUUCCCGUUAUAGCAGUGACAAGUAACAACAGCUCACACAGCCGAGUCUAUCACUCGAACAUUGGCUAUGGAUCGUAUCAAAACGCUGAUUACAGUCUGCACAAGACGUUGAGUCAAAAUUAUUCGACCGACAAUGGUUCGAUAGGGCCAUCGUCAUCGUCGUCGUCAACAUCGAAUCGAACCUCACUGAGUGCAUCGACAGCGUUUACGCCGAUGGAGCAUAUCGUGCAACCAUCUGCGAAGAAUCGUGGCCACAGCAACGCAGAAGGGAAAACAUCGGCAAAAACGAGCGUAAUCAAACCGCUGAAUGCGUAUAAUGCGACCGCUUCGGUAUCAGGUGCGUCGGGAACGAUGCCGAUCAAUUAUACCACGAAAUAUCCCGUUCCAUCGUAUCCCGGUUAUGCGAACAACAAUAAGACUGCAUCCAAUUUGGAAAAAUCUCCCGCAACUGUAAAUCGCUUGUAUGCGACGAAUAAAAAUGCAGAUGUGUAUUGCCCGGAACCGAUUUCGGCUGCUCGAUAUACAAACCAUGGCUAUGGACUAAACACUCCGGGCACUGGUCACACAAAUUCACAUUAUUUAGCCGCUACAAACAGUUAUCCGCUGAACUAUGGUCAUCACUAUUUGACGCAACACCAAAACAGUGUUUCACAUCAGUCAAAGAAUUUGCUCACCGCACCCACAUACCACCACUCGGCAUCACUCGACGAAAGUGUAUCGGCUAAUUACUAUAACCGACAGAAUGGCCUUGUUGUGAGACCAACACCAAAUCCGUACAAACAAACUCAACUACAAUAUCCGAAUGCAUACAACUAUGGACGGAGUAGUAAUAUUAUCAAUUCUUCUGGUGCUAAUCAUUCUAGCAGUAACAGUCAUUCAACGCUGCCAAAACCUCAAUCGCAAAAGCCGGCCAACGAUUCGUAUAAUUCGCUGGCUCUUGAUUUCGAUAGCGCAUACGAUAGAAGCAAUUUUCGACAAUACAGUUCGAUGUAUGGUUCGAGUUACAUUGAUCCAACUGGUUUUGAUGAUUAUUCGCAAUACUCUGGUUUUGCAUCGGCCAAUUCGGUGUCCGUACCACUUUAUUCGCCCAAAGCAUCGGGAAAACAUCUUCUGUACAAUUACAAUGCUGCCGGCCUGAAUGUGUACAACAACAAUGCAGCCCAUGGAUCAUCAACACAGCAAACGUCACAAUCAGUCAACGCCACAUCAUCGUCGUCAUCACUACCCACCACAUCUACGACAACAAUCGUUCAGCAGCCCGUGCCGAUAAAUCCAAGUUCCUCUCAAUUGAUCUCAAGCAACUACGAUGCAACGUCACUGCAUCCACAUCCGAUACUGCCACCGUCUCUGUUCAAUAACAACAGCAAAGAGUAUUGCCCAUCGAAUCAAUAUCAGCAAAGUCCAUACGCUCCGCAAAUUCUGUAUUCAACACUACAAAACGGUGGCUACUAUUCAUCGGUGAAAUCAAAUCAGUCUGCACUCUUUCCAGCACAUUUGAGCGAUGUGCACGGUGUUGGACAUGAGAAAGUGAGCGCGGACAAAGCAUUGCCACAACAUCACGGCAAAUACUCGAUUGAUCUCGAGGAUCAGAUAAAUAGUUCGAAAAUAUCCAAAGUGCCGGGUGGAACAGUGAUACCAAAUCCAAAGCAUCAUGCAGCACGUGCAAAUGAUUUUGGGCCGAAAAUGCCAGUGAUACAUGUACAGGAUAAUGUGCGACUACGUAAAAGUGGCUCUAGUCAAAAUGCAAUCGAAAGCAAUAGAAAUCCGUAUGUUUAUAAUAGCAAUCCGUACGGGAGCAACUGUCACUAUCAGUCACAACAGCAAUGGCAACGGUCGUCACCAUCAACGGCCGCGCCAACAGCAACUACGUCAACCACAUUGCAUUUGCAUCCAAAGAAGCAAAGCCUUCGCGAUUUCUUGUCCACAUGGAACGAAGAUGAAGAAGAAGAAAUCGAUGUAACGGCCAAAAAAGCAUCCAUCGGACACGGUCACAGCCACGGCCACGGUCAUGGUCACGGCCAACACAGUUCAAGAGAAGUGUUGCAAUCAGCAAACAGCAAAGCCAUGCAUUUGGAGCGACCGAAUAAAAUCAAUGAAAAUGUGCCUGUGAUCGUACAACCAAUUCCCAUCCACCAUCCGAUUCCACAUGCUCCUCCAAUGCAUGCUAGUCAUUUGCAACCGAUCGGUCGUGUACCACCACCACUAAUGCCACCAACUUAUCCAGGUUUACCAAUGCCGAAUGCUCCGAUUCAUGUUGCGAUCAGCGUUGAUAAUGGAAGCCAAAACUUGCCGGAUAUUAUCAUUGACAUCGAGAAAACGAAACCGAAUGGUGAAGGUGAAUGCUUUGAACGGACAAAUGUCAUUCAAGAGGUUCCAAAAUCAUCGGAAAAACUGUACGUUCUCAAUGAAAUCGAUAUCCCCGAAUCUGAUCUCAGUAAAUACCGACACCUUAGCGUUGUGAAUAAAAUUCCUGAUAAUUUUGUAUUGCCACCGCCACCACCUUUGCGCCAUGAAAAUGGCGCACCAAAUGUCAAUGAACCGGUCAAAUGUGUGGAAAAGGCUGAUUCAGAGCAUACGCAACAGGCCAAAGAUGAUUUUGAAACGAACGCUAAUGUCAACGAUGACGAUGAUGAUCUGAAAGACAUUGUGGAAACGAAAAACUUUUCGAUUGUGCAAAAUGUUCGAAAAUUACUUAAGAAGUAUCGUAAACGAGAUCAAAUACGCAAUAAACAAAGAAAUGCACCGAAUGUCCAAGAUAAUUUACAGCCACCAAAUGAGCAUAACAGUGAUUUAUCAACACCAUUGCUAUCGCCGGCUCAUGAUUUCGAAAUGGCAUCGGCCGUUGAUUUGUCCGUGCACAGCAAGGAAAUUAUCGAUGAUAUUUCUGUAAAUAGUAAGGAAAUUAACGAAUUUAUUGAUGAUUUGUCAUUGGGUAGUGAUGUUGAUAGUGGAUCUGAGUAUGAUGCUUUGAUUGCGAGUCCUUUAGCCGAAAUAUUACAACUAACUGAACCUCGACCAUCGACGGCCAAUGAUAAAAGUGACAGUGAUAGCGAAACAAGCAAAAACCAAAUGGAAAGUCGAAAUAAUGGCUUAGUCGAAGCCAAUGGUCUCAAAAACAAAGAAAAUGACGAGGAUGCAAAAACGAUCGAAAAUGUCCAAGAUGUUGCAAGUGAUGAAAACAUUCCAAAAGACGAAAACACCGAAAUGAUUCAGAAAGACAUUGAAGUAGUUGAAAAGGUGACAAGCCUCGAAAUUGUGAAAGAAGACGAAGUCAAAGUAGUUGAAGAAAAUGGAAAUGCUGAAAGUAUUGAAGAUAUUGAAAUAGUUGAAAACAUUGAAAAAGUCGAAAAAAUCGAACGAACUGAAAAUUUUGAAAAACCAAAGGAAGUUGAAGUCGUUGAAGAAGUGGAAUUGGUUGAAAUUGUCUGUGAAAAACUGGAAGGACCAAAUGAAUCGAAGGAAGAAGAGAAAAUGGAAGAGGAACAAGAGGAACAACAGGAACUUAUAGCAAAAGAGACUUCGAUUGCUUUGGAAACUUCCAUCGACACAUUGAAAAAUUUUUGUAUCAAAAAAUUCAACACCGAAGAAUUUCGUAGUUAUUAUAAGGAAACUGUAAUCAAUUCAACAAAAGACGAAGAAAUCGUAACCGAUAAUUCAAGUCCAACGGAAAGUAUUGCAACAUUCCAUGAUAUUGAACAGCCCAACCAUAUGAAAUGCAAUGAUGCAGAUACAAGCGAAGUCAUUAUGAUUGAGGAUGAGGAAGAAGAACAGGAAUUGCGUACCGAACAACCAGUAAUAAAAGCGCUACCCAUACGCAUGGUACCCAGCCUUCGUAGUUUGGCAACACCAAUUGUACGAAUGCAUCAAUUUAAUUUGUCAUCAAAUUUGAAGCCUCUAAAAAUCGUUUUUGAAAUGGAAUCACAGCGAAAAGUGGCGGCUUUGGAUGCUACAAUCGAUACUUGCACCAACAAAGUUCCAACACUGCAAGAGCUUGCACGUGAGGUAGCAAACACAAUUUAUUCAUUUAAUGUUAAACAACUUCAGGAAUUAUGUAGAUUAGCCAUAGAGAAGUUCAAUACUGUUUAUAUAGAAGCCUCAAGGAAUAGUAUUAUUUCCGAGCCUAAUACACCAGGCAAUAUCGCCGAUCCAUUUACAGGUGAGUUCAAAUGUGAAUUUAUUUAUAAAAACUCGUUACAUUUGUGCAAAUAUGCACAUUUUACCAUUUCAGUUGUGCCGGUUGAGAAAAUAGCACGAAUUGAAAAGCAAUCAGUUAUCCAGAUAGUUCAAUCAAAUGGGAUGCAAUCACCUUAUAAUAUGUCUGAAAUUAUGGAUGAUUCUUUGACGGACGAAACACCGGUGAAAUCGUUGAAAAUUUUGGCCCAAAUUUGUGUUGAUGAGCUAGAGAAAUGUAAUAAGAAGGAAAUACAGGCCAUAGGUUCUGCGAAUGAAAACGACGACAGCAUUUAUAUUUCAAGUGAUUCCGAAACCGAUGCAUCGUCGACAAGAAGUUCACAACGGGGUGUCAUUACUGGUGGCAUUCGAAAGCCAAGUUAUAGUGAAAGCGGAUCCGGAACUGGAUCCAGUAGCGAAAGUUCUAGUGAUUCUAGUAGCAGUGAUUCAGAUGAUAGUAAUGAUGAUGAUGAUGACGACGACGACGACGAUGACGAUGAAGUGGAAGAAAAUGGAAAUGCAAAAGUAAAAGAGAAAGAAAACGAAAAUAAUAGCGCUGAAUCAGUUAAAAUAACAGAGCCACCGAUAAAUCCCGAAGAAAAUAAAAAAAGGAAAAUUGAUGUGCAACAAAUUGUCGAUGAAUGGUCCUCGGACACAGAUAUUUGUGAAGACAGUUCAUUAAAAGUGAGAAAAAGGGUUGACGAAAAUACGAUUGAAAAUGAAAUCGACAGUUCGACCAUCGUUAAUGAAAAUGCAGUGACCGUAGUGUACAAUCCCAGUGCGUUGAAAGAUAUUUGCCGUGAAGUGCUUCAGGCUCAAUCGAUGAUAAUUCGAUAUGAGGUGCCAUCGUUGCGAUUUUUGUGUGAACAUACGUUGGCCAGCAAUGGAAUGGAAAUUCCGUUGAUUUGUUUCGUUCAAGAGGAACCAUACGAAUAUAUGACCACGGACCAGCCGUCUAACGAGGAUGAAGGUGUUUAUUUGUGUUUAGACAGUGAAUUCGAUGAGACUGAACUGGCGAGUUUGUUUAGUGGUGGUGGAAAUGGGCUUUAUGAGUCUGUCGGAAUCGAAGAAGUGGAAACGGAUGAAAGUGCCAGUGAUAAAACUAGCUUUAUCGAUCAAUGUGUUGCCUUACAAAAUAUCCUAUCGUCUCCACCGCCGGAGGAUAAUCAACCAAAGGCCCGCAUUGAAAUACUAUCAGAGGAAACGGAAUACUAUAUGGAUCCAAAUGGAUUCCAUGACAGUAUUCAGUAUGAGGAAACAGUUCUGCCUUCGGGAAACAAUAUCGAAGAUCCGACCAUAGCAAUUACAAAGCUUAAAAUAUAUCUCCAAAAGAAAUAUGUACAUCCAUUAAGCUAUCAUAAAAUGUUUGUCAUCAAUAAGCUGCUACGAAAAUAUAAAGUGCAUCAUGUGUCGUUUUGCAAUAAGAAAUCAACUGUGCAGAAGAAAUUGCAUAAGAAAAUUAUGAAGUUGCGUCAAAAAGCCAAGCAACGUCGCAAGCCCAAAAAACUGGCCACACGACGUUCCGCUCGCAUCGCCGGCAAAAUCAAACAGCAAAAUGAAUUCGAUUGGAAAGUGGAAAAGGAAUCAACAAAAUCGGCAAAACUCAAUAAGAGCACAAAAGGUGAAAACAAUUCUAAACCUGAGCCAACGGAAAGUAAACGUUUCAGCAAAAUUAAGAACGUAAAUGAUUUGAUUCAAAAUUCUGGCAAUAAGAAAAUAAUGGCCGAGUCUGAUAAAGAAACAAUAACGCGAGAUAUUCUUAAAUUAAUUGCGCAAAAACGUACAUUGAAGCGAAAAUUGUCGAUUUGUCAACGGCCAAACUUUAGCCUCAACGAUGACGGCUAUUGUUAUCAUGAAGAUGGGCAAAUUAGUGAAAUGUUGAGCUCGUUUAUAAACAACAGUUUCGAUGAACCAAGAGCAGAUUCGUUGAAUGUAAAAAAGUCCCGUUCGCAAAAACCAUCCAUCGAAACCCGAGCGAUGAAAGAAGGCAAAAAGAAGAAAGUCUCACCAAUUAAACUGAAAAAGCAUAUAAUAACCGACGAUAAGGGCAAGUUGAAAAAAUCACAUUCGAAAGAAAAAAAUUCAAAGAAAGAGAUGGCAACCGACAAAUCACAAAAGAGUUCAUUACCACCGACUGAAGCAUAUGCUAUUAAUAAGACUGAAAAGAAGAAUACAUCCCUUGGAAAGACUCUCGCAUUUCCCACGAAAGCAUCGGUUAAGGAAGUGAUCCCCGCAAAACGAACGCGUUUCCUGUCAAUUGACAGCUCAUUAAUGAGAUACGGUGCAGAGUCAAAGAGAUCGUACAACCACAUGAAAUCAUUGAAACAAAAUUCAGAGUCGCCAGAAUUGCGCAGAGGAAAGGUGUCAGCACAGAAACCGUUGAAGACAACAACCGUGGAUGCGGCUGCGACGAAAAAAAUGGUUCAAAAAUCAAAACGAAUCAAAGAGAAAAACGGAACCGUUUCGGAAAUUAAAAAACCUAGUGAAUUGAAGCAAUUGCCUAAAGCAGCACAAAAAGUCACACAAUCUCAGAAAGCCCAAAAUGCAUGUGAAAAAGUUAAAGUUCCACUCAAACAAGCAAUCAAAGAAAACAGUGAAAUGAAAGAGUUGCUCAUUUCGAAGCCAGUUGCAAAGGAAUCACCUCCGAUUGAGACAAUUGAAUUGUCUGAAAAAUCUGCGGCAAAAGCGAUAAUUAUCGAAGACGUCAUUUUGAAAAGUGCCACUGACUUUAGUAAUGCAUGGAAACAAUCAUACUUUGCAAAUAAAUUACAACCAAUGGGUCAUGAUGAAUCAAAAUCACAGGAAAAUAAUGUUGAACAAAAUGACCUUAGCGAUAAAGCCAAUUCAACCGAAAACGAUGAAGGCGUCCUGAACACAAACCCUCCGUUAAAACUGUCGAUUAAAAAGCAAGAUAAACCUUUGUCGGAACGAAGCCUAUGCUCAACCAUGGUAUCACCACUCAAAAUCAUCAUCGAACCAAAGCGAGACUUCUUACAAAUGACGCAUAAGGAGAGAAUACUUGCGAAAGAUCCGUUGGCAAUUGGCCAAUUUAAUGACUCAAAUUUAAAUAUUGUUGAAUCUCCACCAGACGAACACGUUGUCGAAACGAAGGAAGUGCACAAAGCAUCACGAUUGUUAGAACGACUCAAAAGUCUGUCAGAAAAGCCAUUGCCUAAGGAUGUUAAUCAGGUGGUGAAUAGGUCAAUUUCUCUUCAAAGUGAAGCAGAAGUCAAACCAAACGACAACAAGAAGGUAGAAGAAAAAUUGCAACCCAAAUCAGAGCCCAUUUCGGUCAGAAAUGAAAUUGCGGACGUUAUAGUUUCGCAAGAAAAACCAGUAUCAGUAGCAACAACGGCGUCACACACAUUGGAUAAUAGCACAUUGUUCAAAAUAACCGAUACGGAUGCUACAAUUAAGCCAUAUUUAGAUAUAGAAAUGCUGUUACCAUCCACGCGAAUUCCUCAACCAAAACCGGCUAAGCGAUGUCUUAAACGUGCUCAAACCAUAUCUCACGCAGAGACACCAUACCACCGAACCUUCGAACCAAUGCAAUUGCGUUCAUCGAACUUUGCUUGGAAUCAAAGGCAAAUGGGCCUAUCAAAGGAACCCACCAAAAAUCAGUAUCGUUCGAGUUUACCAUACAAAUCAAUAGAAAAUCCAUUCACAAUACCAAAGCGAAAACCGAUACUGAAAACCGUGUCACCGCCCAGAACGACCUCUUCACCAAAAACCAACAACGGCUCAACUAAUGCUCCGGUAACGCUUCAGCGAACACCAAUCGAUAUGUCAUCGUAUCCUGAUCCUGAAUCAUUGGAAAUACCUUCAAUUGAUCUACGUUCUUCGGCACUGUGUAAUUCGCCUCUUAGCUUACCAUUGCCAAUGUCAAUACCGAAACCGGUGCUUAAGCCAGUAACCUUAACUACAAUGCCAAUAAGCAAACCAACGAUUGUAAACACGGAAACAGUCAAAGCAUUUAGCCCAGAAAUCGGCAAUUUUGAGGUCAAGGGAACAAUUUCUGAAAAUAAUUGCAUGUCCGAACCUCGUCUAACCAUUUCAGAUCCACGUCUUGUUAACGAUGCUGAACGAAAGUCACCUAUCAUACAUGCCCAUUUACCAUCCAACGUGCCAUCCAUUGCGCCCGCCAUUUCACCGGCUGUUGCGCCAAGGAGUCCGUCAAUCAGUUUACCGCUCAACAUACCGAAGAACAUACCAAUGAAUAUUCUAUCAAGUGCGCUCACAAGUUUUCAAUCAAAUGAAUCACCAUCAAAUGCAUCACCGACAGUGUCUUCGGCGAACAUAACACCAAUGCAUACCCCACCCCCAGCAAAUAGAACACCGAUUCAUACACUUUCGGUUCACACACCGAAUACCAUAAUUUUGCCACCAAUGAAUAUGCCACCUCCAAACAUGAUUCCACUGAAUAUGCCACCGCCGAAUAUAUUACCACCAAGCAGCAUUCCAAAAGCAAAUGUCCCAAUGAUGCCGCCUGAGAUGAGCACUAUUCCACUGGAACUGGAUCGUGUUGUAACUCAACAGCGGAAGAUACGCGAAAUGCGACGCCGGAAUAGUCUUUGCGUUGCUGAAAUCAGUAACUAUCAACGUAAUAUACUGAAUAAAUUCGCAAAUAGCAUCAAACAGAAGAAAUUGAAGAUAGAAGACAUCGAAAAGAUUAUUUUCAACAAACCACCGUCGCCCAGCUCAAGUUCGGCCAGCAGUAGCAGUAGUGAGUCGGAUAGUUCUGAUUCUGAUUCCAGUGAGUCGGAUAGUAGCAGCAGUACAAGUUCGGGCAGUGUACGAAAGUCUCGACGACAUCACAAAAAGAAGCGCUCACAUAAACGCAACUCCAAUUCCGAUGACAGCAGCUCAGAAUCGAGCAGUUCGUCCAGCUCAUCGUCAGCAUCAUCGAGACAUGGAGCAAAGCGGGCAAAGCAUUAUCGAAAAUCGGUACCAAAAAUAACAAAAACGCCAUGCAAUCGGAAAAGCUAUGGAAAAGCUACACCCAAGCCAAUCUUCGAUAUUGAGACGAUCAAACAGAACGCUUUGAUGGGUUGCGUUUUGCACGAAGAAAUUAUUCGCAAUAAACUCAAUCAAAUGUCAUCAUAUCCAAACAUUUCGAGUCGUUCUCCAUCCUACAUUCAACAGAGCCCAAACACAUCGGCUCUGCGAUCUGUAGGUGACACAACACCAGAUUCUGACCACACAGCAAAAGUUCCAUUUGUAAAAUUGCAACGGAACACUUUCAUCGAUAAUUUGGCUGAAAACUUUGCACAAGAACAACAUAUCAACAAUAAUAACAAUAAGAACAACAAUUCGACCAGGUAUAAGCGAAAACGCUCCGACUAAACAGUAGACCUGAGCCGUUUCAGUGUAUUUAUUUAGUAUUGAGACGCAACAUUUCGAUACCAAAAAUAUGGAGUAGACAUUUAUUCUGAACUAGAAAAUGCCAUUUGAAUAUUAAAACGCAAAAAUUGGGAUGUUUUUUUGCAAGCGAUUACAGAAAAAAACAACAGCAGUUUAUUACAAUCACAUUCACAUGCACGCAUACGCAUACGUAUACGUUGCUUUAGUGUCGAUAUCGCAUUCCAUUCAUCUGAUUAAUCCAUUUGAAAGAAAUCUAAAUAAAUUUCUCAAUUCGUUUUUUUAAGUCAUUUUUGAAUGUGUGUAUGAUAAUAAAUUAAAUAAAUAAUAAAGUAAAAAAAAGGCUAUCAUCGAAAAAAAAUUCCAUUUCCGACCGUGUUACAUCGGUUCUAGAAUCCAAUAAAUUAUGAAUGCAAACUAAAUUUGAAGCAAUUCAUGCAUGAAUCACAUGUAAUCAUCGAUCAUACAUACACAGAUACACACAACACGCACGCAAGGCACAAAUUGAUGGGAGGAUUUGACUUUGCAUGUGCUUUCAUGUGUUAAACACAAGUACGCUUUUUCUUCAAAUUUUGAGAAUAUACGGUUCAGGUUUAGCCCAAACAAUUUAUUGAUUGCUUACGUUUUAUGAUCGAGUUAGAAAUUAAAGUAAUUGAUAACGAACGAAUGAAAGAAAUGUGUCACCUGUGUAGUUCUAUACCACUAACAUAACAUAAAUAUCCAAACUAUAAAGCGAUAAGUGUUUUUAUGUAAAUUGGCUUCAAUCAAACUUGCCUUUAGCUUCAGCUUUUAAGGAGAAAAAACAGGUAUUUAUUCUUAAUUUAUAAAUUUUUACUUCGAAAUAGUUUUUAUGAAUGUGUUUUUAUUUUGCAAGAAAAUUGUUAAGAAUAGAUAGAUAGAGAGUAGCAAUAGAUAGGGCGAUAUGAAAAAAAAACAGUAGGGUUAUUUUGUAUUUAAGUGCAAUUUCUAAGGCAAAAUAUCACUAAAUACGUAAUAAGUUGACGCAUUUCUUAAAAACGAAAAAUAAAGUUUCUAUGUUUGCUUUACAUAAAAUGAAAUCAACAAACGUGUUUUCUCUUCACUAAUAAUGUGCAUUAAUCGAAUGGCCCGGAACCGAGGAUGUUUUUUUUAUGUUUGUGUUCUCAAAGUACAAAUUUUUAAAUAGAGACUUUUCUAAAAUCACCACAUAAACAAAAUCAGAUGAAUUCAAAAAAAAAACAAUGUAAAAGGCCGUAAUAUUUUGUACAUAAAAAAUGGAAUGAAACUAGAAUUUAAAUCCACGUUUUCAAAUUGAAAAGACAUAAAUAUAGGAAGCGUGAGAAGAAAUUGAGUGCCUAUUUGAAUGUCAUCAUUUAUUUAAAACGGUUUUUUUGAACUUGACUGUGUCCGUGUGCCCAUCCAAUUUAUAAUUGGAAUGCUUGAAUAUUAAAUAAAACAAUUGAAGUUGAAAUUGACGUUAUCGAUUCGAUGUUUGAAAUUGUGAGAAAGUUCAUGGUUGUUGUUUUUCUCCUUGUCAACGGUUUCUUGUGAUUUUUUUUUAAAUAAUUGUUCUACAUCUUCAGGUCAAACUAACAGAAAAACCUGAUGAAGAUAUAGCUGAUUCAGUUUGUUUUGCAGAAAAAGAAAGGAAAUGUCACUGGUGUAUUUGUCGUUUAAGUAAAUUUGACCAACAAACAAUUUUCAUACCAAUGUUUCGAAAAAUUUAAUGUAAAAUGUAAAUAAAUCAACAAUUUUUUUGGAAGUUAAUCAAAA